AUGAUGCACUCUGGACUGUUGCAAUUUUCGCUAUGUUGGCUGGCGAUCAGUUCAUCAGCGAAGGCAAUCACGCCUGUUACUGGCUGCGGCAACCCACCACCAUCCGAGGAUGAAAUUGCUAGAGCCCAGGCAAUAUACGAAAAAGAGAGAAUGAUGACGUUAGAUGCACGAGACACAGACAUCACCACCGUACCGACUUGGUUUCAUGUGGUUUACGUCAAUGAGACUGAGGAAGGGGGCUAUAUCCCUAGAACUCAACUCGAUGCCCAGAUUAAGGUGCUCAGCGAUGCUUGGGCACCACACGGGUUCUCCUUCAACUUGGUUAACGUGACUUAUACGCAAAAUGCGACUUGGUCGAACGCAAACCUCGAUGGCUGGCCUGAUAUGAAGAGAGCUUUGCGUCAAGGUGGCUACGGCACUUUGAAUCUCUAUACCACUCUACUUACAGAAGGAUCUGGACUUUUGGGUAUCGGCACACCGCCUGGCGACUACUACGACGGUACCGAUGAUUUCAUGCAGGACGGCGUGGUCAUACAAGCCAAUACUCUUCCAGGCGGCAUUGGUCCACAUUUCGAGACAGAGCCAGAAAGGUACACCACGGGCGGUCUUACUUGUCAUGAAGUAGGCCACUGGUUUGGUCUAUUCCAUACUUAUAUUGAGCAUGGUGCUUAUCCCUACACUUGCCAGAACGGGGACAAUGAUUUUGUCGAUGACACACCUGUGCAUCUGCUUGUAAUUACCAGUAACGGACCAGAUCUGGAUUGCCCAGCAGGUAGAGAUACCUGUCCUGAUCUUCCAGGUGUAGACCCUACAGAUAAUUAUAUGAGCAAUCAGUGGCAGUCGUGCUGGAAUAAAUACACGGCGGGUCAAGGGCUGCGAGCUAGAAGUUUAUGGACGGCUCAGCGCGCUGGGCGAGGCUAA